AACGACCCUCAGGUACGCGCGUUCGGCGAAAACCUUGCGUCGCAAACUCGCCGAGCAAGCGCGCCAAUUCGAGCUCGAGCGCGCGCUCGACGACGAGAAAGCGCGCGAGCUGUUCGAGACGCGAAAUCGCGCGAGGGAGCUCGAGCGGGAUCUGCGGGCGUGGGACGGCGCGUCGAGCGCGACGGCGGCGAUCGCGGCGCGGCUGCGGUCGGCGAGGGACGCGUCGCCGCCGCCGACGCGCGCCGACGCGGGGAUGACGGAGCGCGCGUACGCGCGCCUCGGCGGGGCCCAGCUGGGUGUGGCGUCAGCGAACGAAGACGGCGGCGGCGACGGCAGCCUCGAGGAGGAGCGGGAACGGCGCGCGACGACGCGCGAGGGAGGAGGAGGAGGAGGAGGAGGAAGCGGCGCGGGGCGCGGUCCGGCGGCGGCGGCGGCGAGCGCGGACGGGCGCGCGGCGGCGGCGAGGGCGGGCGCGCAGCGCGAGUGCGCGGCGCUUCUCGUUAGAUGCGCGAAAGACUUGGAGGAAGACGCGGGCGAGGACGCGGGGUGGCGGAGAGACGCGCUCGCGCGACUCGCGCGCGCGUUGACGGACGGCGGCGGCGGCGGCGACGACGAAAACCAAAACCUCGUCGACGACCAAAACCAAAACCAAAACCAAAAGUCCUUAAGGAUCGGCGUUCACCACGCCAACGCGGUCGUAUGGGAGCCAGUCCAAAACGGUCCUUCCGCCGCCGCCGCGGACGUCGCCCGCGUCGCCGCGAUCCGACUACGUCCCCGGCGCCGGCGCGACGAAGACGCUCGACGCGACGGCGCAGACGCGCGCGGUCGGUCGAUGGCAAGAGCGUUCGCUGGACGCGUCGUCGUCGUCGUCGACGCGCACGCCGACGGCGUACAGUCGCGACAACGACGUCUUCACCGACGCGGGGUUGAAGCGCGCGACGUACCGGCUGUCGGGACGCCGGCGGCGGUGAGCGGCGGCGGUGGCGGCGGCGUCGGCGGCGACGACGCGCGGGUUUCGACUCGGUGAAGCGCGACUGACGUGACGCAUAAGAUAUCUUC